UCAAGCGACAGCUCGUUUGGACUGCUUGAUAAAAAGGCAGAUCUCUUUAUUUGGUCUGAGCACAGGAAAGGUGUCUCCGGCGACAAACAGCAAGCGGAGAAGGGCAGGCAGCGAGGGAGAAGCUCUCUGAUUGACAGCUGCGCUGUCCCGCGUCGGGAUUGUGGAGUUCUUGAUGAGGGGAUGGUUUAUAUAGUCGGGGCUCCAGGGCACUCUGUAUCAGAGCUCAUAAUAACACAGCUCCUGUCGACAGACAGACCAAGAGCGGAUAUAUAAUAUACAGCAUACUGUGCGCGCCACCGCGGGGACAUUAAACACACCUUUAUGAUCACUGUUGCAUCUUUUGUUUAGUUUUAUUAUUAUUUGAAAGUUGUUGUUUUUUUUUUUUUCUUUUUUCCUUCAAGAAAGUUGGCUGCAUUGUUUGAGUGUGCGCGUACCUACCGGGACAUCAUGCACUGCCAAGCCGAGUUAAGGCUCUCUUCCCCGGGGCAACUGAAAGCAGCCAGGCGGCGCUACAAGACCUUCAUGAUUGAUGAGAUUCUAUCGAAAGAGACUUGCGAUUACUUUGAGAAGCUUUCCCUUUACUCGGUCUGCCCUUCGCUCAUCGUGAGACCAACACCUCUCCACUCCUGCACGGGCUCCUCUUCUCUGCAGGGCUUCCCCCUGCUCUCAGUGAUCACGCGGCAGCCCCCGGGACUCGCUCCCUCUCCUCCCUCCCGCAUCCUCCCCCCCAGCUCCCUGGCCGAGCCCUCGUCCAGCGAGACCCCUGUCAGCGUCAUCAGCAGCGAGUCGGAGAGCGAGCAGAGUGUCCACCGGCUGAAGAAACCUCGUCGCAGCCGGACCAUCUUCACAGAGCUGCAGCUCCUGGGCCUGGAGAAGAAAUUCCAGAGGCAGAAGUACCUCUCCACCCCAGACAGACUGGACCUGGCCCAGUCUCUGGGGCUCACUCAGCUGCAGGUAAAGACCUGGUACCAGAACCGUCGCAUGAAGUGGAAGAAACUGGUCUUGAAAGGAGGCCAGGAGGCACCGACAAAGCCCAAGGGCCGUCCCAAGAAGAACUCGAUCCCCACCACGGAGGAGAUUGAAGCCGAGGAGCGUCUGGCCUUGCAGGCGUCGACACGAGAGGAGCCGGCCGCUCAUCUGCUGGCUGAGUCCGAACAGGAGGGGCCAGCCGGCGAGCCGCAGGACCUCAGCAUGCGGGCCCCUAACACGGGCAGCCCCACAGCGCCCGUGCCGUCCACGCAACAGCAGGCGCCCACACCCCAGCCCGAACACCGGUCCAUGAGCUAGAGCACCCCCACACUCCGGACGCUGUGAAAGACUGGGAAACAUAUGCAUUUAGUGCCUUGUGAGCGUGCCUCUCCCUACACUGCAGUAUAACAGACAGACAGCCUGGUCCUGAUGCUCCCACGUACACCGUUUGAAGUUUCUAUGCGUUCCGGGGGAAUCUCAACAAGCAUCGCAAAAUGACUUAAUAGAACCUCCCAGCGUGCACUGGGCACCACUGUGUACCAAGAGGACUCCUAUCCAAAACCUGACCAGCCCUGACGCAGCAUCAGCUUCUGACAUCAAAAUCAAACAUACCACCCCUGACCCGGCUCCAUCUUCUGACAUCACAAUCAAACACACCAGCCCUGACCCGGCUCCAUCUUCUGACAUCACAAUCAAACACACCAGCCCUGACCCAGCGUCAGCUUCUGACAUCACAAUCAAACACACCAGCCCUGACCCAGCGUCAGCUUCUGACAUCACAAUCAAACACACCAGCCCUGACCCAGCGUCAGCUUCUGACAUCACAAUCAAACACACCAGCCCUG